UUGGAGGCUCUGCACACAGCUAAAGCGGACAAAUUCUAACAUUUGAAAAUUGCAAAAAAUGGCAACACGUUCGUUCUAAACGUAAGCCAGAGCUCGUGCAUGCGGCAACGUGGUUAAAUUAGGUUAUUUGAUUGAUAUUUAAUUAAAUCAACUAGUUUUUUCUAUUUUUAAUUAUCAUGACUCAGAAAAGGCGUAAUAACGGACGUAGCAAGCAUGGGCGAGGGCAUGUAAAGCCUGUAAGAUGUACCAAUUGUGCUCGCUGUGUACCCAAAGAUAAAGCCAUCAAAAAGUUUGUUAUCAGAAAUAUUGUAGAAGCAGCAGCUGUAAGAGAUAUUCAAGAAGCUAGUGUUUAUGACACUUAUGCUCUACCCAAGUUAUAUGCAAAGCUUCAUUACUGUGUUUCCUGUGCUAUUCACUCUAAAAUUGUAAGGAACAGAUCUAAAGAAGGACGAAAGGAUCGUGCUCCACCCCCCAGAUUCCAGCGGCCUAUGACGGAUGCUGCCCCAAGGGGAGGAAAUCAACCACGUGUUAUGCCACCUAAAUAAGUUUGUAAAAAUUUUGAAGAAAUAAAAAAAAAAAGUGACUUGA